AUGUUGCGCUUGACUGCCACGUUUCGGUCGUUCCAGGUAGCACUAGCAGGAGGCAGGGGAAUGGAAGCCUAUCAGCAAGCCGUCGCCGAUGGACUCGAAGUGCCAAGCUUUUCUCCCUCUGGCUUUGGCGACGGAAGCGCGGGAGGCGUGGUGCGGUUAUGCGGGGCUAGGGGUUUAGAGCCAGCGUUAGUAGCGCCGGUGGCUGGGCGUGGGGGUUACCGGACACCCAUCCUCCCGGUGGUCGUUUCGGGCGGGGGUUUCAGACACCGGAGCGGGGGCUGGAGGUCGAGCGACCCAGCGCCUUGUUUUCUCUCCGAGGGGGCACUUUCUGCCGUCGCCAAGGUCUCCCCGCGGCCGUGCUACUACCGAAUAGGCGGGGACCGGGUCUUCUGCCAGGAGGCAUGGCAGCCGGUGGUGUCGGCGUUGGCGGAGGCUGGAGCGACGUCGGACAGCCGAGAAAGAGUGCUAGUUAUGGAGGCGGACGCUGUGUCCUCCGACGCCCCUCAGGCUCUCAUGUCGCCGCCUCGCGAGGUUGAGGGUGGAGAGGGGAGGCUAGGAGAGGACCAGGCGGUGUGGGGGUUGGCCAUGCUGCGAAGAGCUCUCGAGGAGAGGAGAAGAGAGCAGGGCGCCGGGAGGCUGGCGAGCGUCCUCCUGGCGGAGAGGCGCCUGGUCUGUGCAGAGGGGUCCGUGAGCAUAGACGCGCGGGCGGCGCUGCUGCUGUCGGUGCUGUGUUGGGCUGGGCAAUGCCAAGGGGACGACGACGCCCUUGCGGACGAAGCAACAACGGCGGCAGCAGUUGCUGGCGUGCUUGGCACAACGGAGGGCUCCGUCGCCCCUGGCGAGGAAUCGGGGGCUGAUACCGCUGCUGUUGCGGAGGAGGAGGAGGAUACUAUGGGAGUAGAUGGGGACGCUACCGCCCGAGCAGACGAUGACGAGCAGGGCCGGCCAGCCAGCACAGCGGUGAGGGUGCUGGUCGUGCUCGAGAGGAUGGGACGCGGUGUCAGGGUCGCCGCCGCACGGUUGGGACAGGUCAGGUCCGCGAUGGGUCGCUCGCUGGGCGCGGUCUCGGCCUGGCUUGCGAAGAACGCGAGGAGGAGGCCCACCACCCCCGAUGCCGCAAUCAAGCGGGUGUUGGUGUACGACACGCAUGACGACGAAUCGUUCCGGUGGCUGGCUGCGAAGAUGCUCAAGGUGGGCUGGACUGUCGAGCGGCAGACGUCUGAGCGGCUGCGCAACGAGGCAGGUGUACCUGUUUUGGUGCACAGCUGCAGCGACGAGAAGACGCUUACGGCUGCUGCCGGUCACGUCGUUGAGGGCGCAAACGGUAAGGUGUGUGCUGUGGUGCACAACUGGGAUUGCGGAGUGGAGGCGAGGCGUCUCUUGGUCGAAGCUCGAGAAACGGUACUACCCAAUGAAGGGCGUGCCGCGCGCCAACCAUCUGUGGAGGUGAUUUGCACUGCGGAAGUGGGAGAAGACUUAUUCCAGUUCGUGAGAUGGCAGCUUUUGUCAGGAGCCACAACCGACCAGGUGCAGCAGGGGCUCGACGAUCUAUUCGGCGCGUUCUACGAAACUGAACAAGAGAAGCCAUCGUAGAGUGACCGUUACGUUACGGGUCAAGUGCUGAGAU